AUGAAUUCGACCGAGACGUGGCUCCGCUGUGGGGGCUGGCCACCCCCCCUCCCGGCCUCCAGCCUCCCCCGGACUCCUGGCCGUGCUGAAGAUUUUGUGGAGCCCCUCAACAACCGCUCGCGGCUGAGCACUGGCUCCUUCGGCACGGUGCCGGCCGGAGGCAGCGGCGCCUUCCUGGGGCUGGGGGAGCACAGCUCCCGCGCCCCCUCCGUGCGCAGCCUGGCCGAGUCCGGCCAUCACCUUGCGGAGCCGCGCGCCAUGGAGAUGUACAACGGGCACAGCACGCUGCUCGGACACCACGCCGGCGGGUUUGAUGACAUCGACCUGCCCUCGGCAGUGAAGUACCUGAUCGCCAGCGACCCCAACCUGCAGGUGCUGGGCGCUGCCUACCUGCAGCACAAGUGCUACAGCGACAGCAGUGCCAAGAAGCAGGCCCGCAGCCUGCAGGCCAUGCCCAAGCUGGUGAAGCUGUUCAACAGCCCGAACCAGGAGGUGCAGCGCCACGCCACCGGCGCCAUGCGCAACCUCAUCUACGACAACGCCGAGAACAAGCUGGCGCUGGUGGAGGAGAACGGCAUCUACGAGCUCAUGCGCACCCUACGGGAGCCCGACGACGAGCUCCGCAAGAACGUCACAGGGAUCCUGUGGAAUCUGUCCUCCAGCGACAACCUGAAGGAUCGCCUGGCCCGGGACACACUGGAGCAGCUCACAGACCUGGUCCUGGUCCCUCUCUCUGGGCUGGGGGGCUCGGGUGUCAUCCAGCAGAACCCCUCAGAGGCAGAAAUCUUUUAUAACUCCACAGGCUUCCUCAGGAACCUGAGCUCUGCCAGCCAGCAGACCAGGCAGAAGAUGCGUGAGUGCCACGGGCUGGUGGACUCCAUGAUCCACUACGUGAACAGCUCCCUGGAGGUGGGGAAGUCAGAGGACAAGAGUGUGGAGAACGCUGUCUGUGUCCUGCGCAACCUCUCCUACCGCCUGUACGACGAGAUGCCCCCGUCCUCGCUCCAGCGCCUCGAGGGCCACCGGAGGAACGCGGGCGGCACGGUGACGGGGGAGCUGGUGGGCUGCUUCAGCCCCCAGAGCAAGAAAGCCCGUGAGCACUACCUGAACGCGGACAUCGUCACCUUCACGGAGGUCUCCAAGGACCCCAAGGGCAUGGAAUGGCUCUGGAACCCGCAGAUCGUGGGCAUCUACAACCGGCUGCUGCAGCGCUGCGAGCUCAACAAGCACACGACAGAGGCGGCCUCGGGUGCCCUGCAGAACAUCACAGCCGGGGACCGCAGGUGGGCGGGUGUGCUGAGCCGGCUGGCGCUGGAGCAGGAGCGCAUCCUGAACCCCGUGCUGGACCGCGUCCGCACCGCCGACCACCACCAGCUGCGCUCCCUCACCGGCCUCAUCCGCAACCUGUCCCGCCAUGCCCGCAAUAAGGAUGAGAUGUCCACCAAGGUGGUCAGCCACCUGAUCGAGAAGCUGCCAGGGAGUGUCGGGGACAAGGCCCCGCCUGCUGAUGUCAUCGUGAACAUCAUCGCGGUGCUCAACAACCUGGUGGUGGAGAGCCCCAUGGCCGCCCGCGACAUCGUCUACUUCGACGGCCUCAGGAAGCUCUUCUUCAUCAAGAAGCGGCGGGACAGCUCAGACAAUGAGAAGUCCUCCCGAGCUGCUGCCAGCCUCCUGGGGAACAUGUGGCAGUACACCAAGCUCCACCGGGACUUCAAGAUGAAGGGGUACCGGAAGGAGGACUUCCUCAGCCUGUGAGGACACCCUGGGAGCUGGAAUGCCUCGCUGGGAUGCUCCGUGCUGCUGGCCAUGCCGUGGAGAGGCUGCUCGCCGCCGGAUUCCCGCUCUGUAGCCUAAUCCCUACAUCCCAUACACCUCCCCCCUCAGCUGGGUCCUGUUCCCUGCCUGGGGGACACUUGUCCUCCCUCCUGCCCAGCCUUAAACCCGGCGGCUGCUUUUGGCUCUGCUGUGGGGCCCACCGGGACCCCAGUUAGGGGGGGCUGCCCCAUGGCACCCCUUGGGGGCCUCCCCACUCUCAGGCAGCUGUCUACUGGCUUGUCCAGCAGCUUGAUGGGGGAGCAGGAGCUGCAGGGAGCUGGGGAGGCUCCUGUAGGGCAAUUCUGGGGUAAGGGGGCAUCUGGGGGUGCUUCAUCACAGCUCCCUGAACUGUGGGGCUGGGGGGGUGUCCGUGCCCUGUGCCAUUGUGGGAUGCGCUGUGGCUUGCACUUUUGUUCUGCCCUGGCUGGGGAUGGGGCUUUGCAUGGCUUGGGGGGCUUGGAGGGCUCUGAGGUGGCUUCCCACAGUUUAUGGGGUGGCACAGCGCCUGCAGGGAGCUGGGAAGUGACACCUUGACAGUGCUGCGUUCCCCAUUUGCUAGGGAGGGUGGGCA